AUGGAGCUCAAAUCUGACCUGAUUCUUACUAAUUGUGUUAGCCUGGAGCACCUUAGUCCAGGGACUAGGUGUGCAACAACAGAGACAACUGCAGAGUUCCUCAUUUCUGUGGGAGAGACAUUCCAGAACCCUGGGAAUGCCAAGUUUGCAGAAGUGUGGGAGUAUAAUAAUAACUUAGAGCAACAGACUGGUGAGCAUAAAAAUUCACAGCCCCAGCAAGUGAAAGGCCCUCGCAGAAAAGCUUUCAAGUUUAAUGCUCUAAGUAAAGCCUUUGGGAAAGCCUUUGGUCCAGAGUCAAUUCUGGCUCCCCAACACAAAAUUGAUGUUGGGAGAGAUCUGCAGAAAUGUGAUAAAAAUGGAAAAAACUUAAAACAGUACUCAGAUAAAAGUAAACUGAAUGGAAUCUCAGCUGAGAAAAAGUUCUAUGAGUUUCAUAAGUGCAGAAAGUCAUUCCGUUGCCAUUCAGACCUUAUUCAACAUUCAAAGAAAAAGCCUAAAAGAAAAUUGCUAGGAUGUGGAAAAGUGUUUAGCAGCAGCUCAUCCUUUAUGAAUGAUCCAAUAAUUCAUGCUGCACAGAAACCCUUUCAGUAUAAUGAAUGUGGGAAAUCCUUUAUCUGGUCUGAAGACCUAAGUGAAUAUAAGAAAAAUCUCACUGGAAAAAACCCCUGUGAAUAUGGUGAAUGUGGGAAGUCUGUUAGGUUGUGUGGAAACCUAACUAAACAUCAGAGAUGUCCAACAAGUGAAAAACCCUUUGAAUGUAAUGAAUGUGGCAAAUCUUUUGGGUGGCGUGGUGACCUUACUAAACAUAUGAGAAUUCACACUGGAGAGAAACCCUUCGAAUGUAACGAAUGUGGGAAAUCAUUUAAACAGCCUGGACACCUUACUGGACAUAAGAGACUUCAUACUGAAGAGAAACCUUUUGAAUGUAAUGAAUGUGGGAAAUCCUUCAGGUGUUCUGUUUACCUUACAAAACAUAAGAUCAUUCACACCAGUGAGAAACCUUUUGAAUGUAACGAAUGUGGGAAAUCCUUUAGGUGUUCUGGAUACCUUACUAAACAUAAGAGAAUUCAUACGGGUGAAAAACCUUUUGAAUGUAAUGAAUGUGGGAAAUCCUUUCAACAGAGUGGUAAUCUCACUGUGCAUAAGAGGAUUCAUACUGGAGAGAAACCUUUUGAAUGUAAUGAAUGUGGGAAAUGCUUUAGGAGGAGUAUAAAGCUUACUGCACACAAAAGAAUUCAUACAGGAGAGAAGCCCUUUGAAUGUAGUGAAUGUGGGAAAGCUUUUAGGUGGAGUGGAGACCUUGCCACCCAUAAAAGAAGUCAUACUGGAGAGAAACCUUUAUAA